AUGAACGCCUCCGUGCCGCUGAUCCUGGUAAUGAUGGUGUCAGCUCGAGUGAACCACUCAGCCAGGAUCCUGGGCAUCAUCCCGACGUCCUCCAUCAGCCACCAGCUGCCUUUCAGACUGAUAGCCCUCGAGCUCGCCAAGAGAGGCCAUCAGGUCACAGUCAUGACAACGGACCCGAUAAGACUUGGAUCCCCACCAACAAUUGGUUACGUGUAUCUGGGCUCUCCUGCUCCAGUACUCCCUUAUUAUGGAAAUCCCAACAACCCAGCAUACUGUUACGAUUUCAUGGUUGGCUACACAGACCACAUGUCUUUCUGGGAAAGACUAUAUAAUACCUAUGUUAUGGCUCGAAUAUCUUACACAUGGAACUACGUAACAAUGCCAUCGCAAAAUGAACUGAUUAGGAGGUAUUUUGGCCCUGAUCACCCCCCUAUGCAAGAAAUUGACACAAACUUCAGCCUUCUUACUGUCAACAACCACUUCAGCGUGAAUUACCCACGGCCACUGUUGCCUAAUGUCAUUGAGGUGACGGGACUACAUCUAGAGAAACAGCGGAAGCCACUUCCUCAACUCUUCUGCGGAGCUGAGCAGGAGUCUAUUUUGAAGGAAAUUUUUGACAGGAUUCCUACAUCACCCAAUUGA